AGGUAAGACUUUCUUCUUUCUUUAUUCCUUCUUUUUCUUCUUUGACCAACACACACACACACACGGCAGAGGAGAGAGAGAGGAGGCAGCCGGCACAACCUCCGGUCCGCACCACCACCGAUCAGCUCAUCACAGCCGCCACCCACCUCUUACCACCAACCGGAGCCGUCGCUACCGAUCACCACCAGUCAGCGCCAACUGAGAUCACCCACUGCCCUACACACCAUCACCACUUCCGAGCUCCCCAGCGCUCCGACCCGUCCUGAAAUCUCUCCGAACCCCGUUUCGUCGGACGAGAGGAAGAAGAAAGGAGAGGAUGAAGAAAGUCGAAGCUGAAACCCAACACCCAUACCUUCCGGACGGGAUUGUUGUUCACAUACUCGCAAAACUACCUGUUAAGUCCCUUCUUCAGUUUAGGUGUGUUUCCAAGUAUUGGCGUUCAUUAAUAUCAGAUCCCAAAUUCACCCUUUCCACGCAAGUUGUUGUCAUGUCUAUGCCGAUCCUACAGACUAAGUACCAAAAGAGCGUUUUUGUUCACGUGAUAGAUGAUGAAGCUUCAAUGAAGGAGCUUCCUUUGCCUAACCCAUUGAGAGGGCCUUACUAUAAUGGUGAGCCAGAUUUAAGGGGUUCUUGUAAUGGGUUGGUGCUUGUAAGUUGUGAUCAGGACUUGUUCUUGUGGAAUCCAACGACUAGAUGGUGCAUCAAAGUUCUUUCACAUUGGCGCUUGGGAAAGUACAGGUACCAGCCAGACUCGUCAUUUAUUUCUGGACUUUGUUACGACUCCUCGACUGGUGAUUACAAGGCAGUAAUGGCGUCUCGCGCUUGCAAUGUUGCUAUGGCUGGAAGCUUUAGAAACAAAACUUGGACAGAGAUUCAUUUCCCAUACACUAAUAAACUCUUGGAGUCGGGGCCUACAGUGAAUGAUCGCACGCAUUGGUUGGUACAUAGUGGAGAAUAUCCGCGCUCACAUGUCAUGCACAACUUGAUUGUUUCUUUUGAUCCGCAAAUGAAUGAAUUUGUGGAGGUGCCAAUGCCACAAAAUGAGGGAAUCAAACGAAAUAUUGUAUACGGUUUUGGAGUUUUAGGUGGAUGCCUUUCAUUAGCGCUCACUUCUGUCCACGAGGGGCCUAAAGUAACUAGUGUAGAGGUGUUUGCUAUGAGAAAAUAUGGUGACAAGGCAUCUUGGACAAGUUUGUUCGUUAUAUCGGACUUAAUCAUGUGGAAUCCAGGUUACACUUCGGUGGCAUCAUUGUGUUCUACAACAAACGGGAAAGUGCUAUUUCAAGAAGCACCCAAAAAAAAUGGGCAAGGUGAAGGUGGAGUUAUGUCAUACAAUCCUGAGCGUAAGUCGUGUAUGGGUGUUCAAAUCUUAUCGCGUAGAGCCUACUGUAUUACUUCAUUUGCCGAAACUCUAGUUUCGCCCCCCUGCUACAAUUGGGAAACUGAGGAUUACACGGUGAUUUCUCUUUCAGGGCAGAUGCGGAAGUAUAACACGAGCCGGCCUGGUGUAGAUUUAAGUAAAUGGCCUAGUGUCGGAUUUAAGUAAAUAAAUCGGUUACGUAUUGAUGCUACUCUUUUUCUUAUCCUGGUGUUGAUAUUUCGUCGAACUUUGUAAAAACGUUCUGUAUGAUUUUGUUGCUUCAAACCAGAAUGCUAUGAAUCAUACUCAUUUAGCUUGA